CUGAGUCAACUCUAGACUAGGAUUUAGAAUAUUUUCGUAAUAAUUCUACAUAUUUUGCAGCUUAUUUGUUGAUACAAAUGGCACAUCCUAGAAAGAGAAAAUAUAAAGAUUAUCUCGAACCAAAUUCAGAGAGCGGGAUUCCGAGGACAACUAAAUGGAGGCAAGGCAAAGAUGCAGAGUCGGAGGCCGAACCAGCAGCAGAGCCAGCGCCAGAGAAUGAGGGAGAGGUUGAUGAUGAUCCGGUACUAGUGCCGGCGGUACUGGCAGCAGCAGCAGUUGGCCGGAGGACGUCAACAGAAGAUGAGGCGGACGAGAAAACCGGUACCACGAGUUCUGAACUGGAAUUCGAUGAUGAUAAAUCAUCAUCACUGAUUACAUCAGCUGUAUCGGAUACAGAAUCUGUUCAUCACCAGUCCCGUGAACUUCGUCCUGGACCUGACAUGCCUGAUCCAGAAUCUGAUGUUGAUCAAAGUUCAGAGUCCUCAGAGAGUCGGAUUGAACAUGGAAAAGGGGAUGCCUUGGAUGAUUCUGACUUUGCAGGAGAGGAUAGUGACACAGCUGAAGGUGGUCCGGGUACAGACAUCACAAGUGACGAUCUGACUAAUGAACGAUACAAUUUAGGAGAGGACACUGUUGGCACGGACACAAACUUGUCCACAAGUAGAAGUGAUGAAGAUGUUAAUGAACGUGAUGCCCUGUUCGAGGGUACACUUACCGACAUUGGUUUCACAACAGAUGAGGAUCAAGAUAGCGGAGAGGGUGAGGAAGCGGAGAGGGUGAGGACAGGGGAGAUAGGGAUGAUGAUGAUGCUCUCAAUGGCGCAAUUUUCAAUGGUUCCCACAUUUCUAAAGCAGAAGCAAUUCUCAUGAUUUUAUCCUUUGUAAUGAGGCAUUGUUUAUCAUCUGCUGCCAUAUCCCAUCUAUUAGAGUUGAUCAAUAUCCUUUGUUGUAAAGAAGUCUUCACUUCACUUACGUCAAUCAUGAAUAGUAUAUUUUCUGGAAGAGCAAUAUCUCUCACAUUUCAUUUUUAUUGUGUAUCUUGCUACAGUUAUGUCAAGUCUUUUGCAAAUCUGUGUGAAGAUCAAGUUCUAUGUCCUCAGUGUAAUGACACAUGUGUCACAAAAAAUCUCUGUAAUGGCAAUUUUUUUGUCACAGCUGACUUGUCUUCCCAGAUAAGAGCCCUAUUUGAAAGGGCAGAUAUUGCACCUCACUUGUCCUAUCGCCAAACCCGCAAAAAAAAUCUGAUGAUGCUAUUGAAGAUAUUUAUGAUGGUGAAUACUACCAGAAAUUAUUGGCUGAUGAGGAACUGCUUGGAAAUGAAGCCAAUUUUUCAUAUGUUUAAUUCUGAUGGCUUACCUGUAUUCAAAUCAUCAAAAUAUUCUAUGUGGCCAAUUUUCCUUAUGAUAAAUGAACUUCCCCCAAAGUUGAGACAUCAAAAUCUUAUCCUAGCUGGUGUAUGGUUUGGUAAGGUAGAGCCAAAAAUGGAGGUGUUUUUAGACAAAUUUACAGAUUGUGCAAAGAAAUUGGCAGAAGAAGGUGUUACUUGGAAAAAGGGAGAAGAAAGAAUCCACAGUAAGUUGUUUGGAAUAUGUUGCUGUGCUGAUGCACCAGCCAGGGCAGCCAUGCAAAAUACAGUUCGCUUCAAUGGUUAUAAUGGAUGUAGCCUAUGCUACCAUCCCGGUAAACUUGUUGAAAGGGUGGUAAAGUAUCCCAUAGAUGUGUGCAAUUAUAAUGAUAGGACAGAUGAAGAAAUAUUGGAAGAUAUGGCACAGUCUGUUGAAGAAGAUCGAUCAGUGAGAGGUGUAAAAGGUCCAAGCCCCUUGAUAAAUCUACCACAUUUCCCAAUUUGUUGGGGUUUUCCCCCAGAUUUUAUGCAUUGUCUCCUCCUUGGUGUAGCCCGCCAGUUGGCUGAUCUGUGGUUUGCUUCCACAGCUCUUGACCCAUUUUACAUAGGUUCAGCGAGAGUAAUGGGAGUUAUCAAUUCCUGCCUUAAAUCUAUCAGGCCUCCCAGCUCAGUUGUCAGAACACCAAGACCUAUCAAUGAACGAAAGUACUGGAAAGCAUCUGAAUGGUACAUGUGGCUUUUGGUAUACUGCCUGCCUUGUUUGUAUGGCAUUUUGCCCCAUGAGUAUUGGAAUCACUUAGUUAUCUUAGUUCAGGCAUCAUAUUUGCUCUUACAAAAAUCCCUCACAAAUGAUGAUCUCCUUAACAGCGAUCUUCUGUUUGAAUCUUUUGUUGGUAGAUGCCAAAUAUUGUAUGGUGCAUCCUCAAUGACAUUCAAUGUCCAUUCAUUGACACAUUUAUCAAAAAGUGUGCGGAAAUGGGGACCACUGUGGACUCAUUCAUGUUUUCCUUUCGAAUCAGGUAAUUGGAAAAUAAAACGUCAGAUACAAGGAAAUAGAGGGAUGAUAAUGCAAGCAAUGAGAAAAUUUUUGUUUAUGCAGAUGCUUCCGAACCUUAUAACAAAACGUGUAGUUUCCCAUGGAGUCAGGGUGUUUUGCAACAUGAUGUCUUGUUCUGGGAAGAAAUCAGCACAAGAUUAUAGGCAAGAUUCUGUUCUUGGUAUGGGUACAGUCAGACGGCU